UCUGUAAAAGAAUUUCUCUCUCCACCAUAACACGGCGGCGCGUGUUUCCCAGGCGCCGCCCUCUCUCUCUCAUCUUUUUGGACUCCCUCAGUCGUCACCUCCCCCACCUUAAAAAGUCCAAAUCCCACCCAAUUCCUUCAACCUUCUUCUUCUUUCUCUCUCUCUCUCUCUCUCUCUUUGAUGAAAAUUAACCCAAAAUUUUAGAGAGAGAAACAGCCUCUGUUUCUUGAACCAAUUUCAAUGGCGUCGUUCGCUUUCAAAACCGGGAGACUCAAUCUUUACACAGUCACUUUAAUCGUCAUCCUCUGCGCCGCCUUUUACCUCGUCGCCGUCUGGCAACACUCCGUCGGAAAAAGCGCCGUCUUCUCCGGCGUCAAUUACGAAGCCUGCACCACCACGGCCGCCGCCGCCGCCGCCGCCGUCGUCACCACCGUGGUCGACCUCGAUUUCACUGCCCAUCACACGGCCGACCAACUCCCGGCGAUCCCGACGGCGCGUCGACCUCAACUCCCGCCGUGCGACUCGAAGCUCUCCGAGUACACCCCCUGCGAGGACCGCGAAAGGUCGCUCAAAUUCGACCGGGACAGAUUGAUUUACCGGGAAAGGCACUGCCCGGUCGCCGGCGAGAUUCUGAAGUGCCGGAUUCCGCCGCCGAAUGGGUACACGGUGCCGUUCCGGUGGCCGGAGAGCCGGGAUUUCGCCUGGUUCGCGAACGUGCCGCACAAGGAAUUGACGGUGGAGAAGAAGAAUCAGAAUUGGGUCCGGUUCGAGAACGACCGGUUCAGAUUCCCAGGCGGCGGCACCAUGUUCCCCCGCGGCGCCGACGCCUACAUCGACGAUAUCGGAAAAUUGAUCAAUCUCGCCGACGGCUCCAUUAGAACCGCCGUUGACACCGGCUGUGGGGUGGCAAGUUGGGGGGCAUACUUAUUGUCAAGGAAAAUAGUUACAAUGUCAUUUGCACCAAGAGACACUCAUGAGGCACAAGUCCAAUUUGCACUCGAGCGUGGGGUUCCCGCUUUGAUCGGAGUUCUUGCUUCCAUCAGACUCCCAUAUCCUUCUCGAGCCUUUGACAUGGCUCACUGCUCUCGCUGCCUCAUCCCCUGGGCUCAAUCUGAAGGGAUGUAUCUGAUCGAGGUCGAUAGAAUUCUGCGGCCUGGUGGCUAUUGGAUUCUCUCCGGGCCACCGAUAAACUGGGAAAGCCACUGGAAAGGUUGGAACAGAACGACCGAGGAUCUCAAAGAUGAGCAGUCCAAAAUCGAAGCUGUGGCGAAAAGCCUUUGCUGGAAAAAGUUGAAACAGAAGGAUGAUAUUGCCAUUUGGCAGAAACCAUCCAACCACAUUCACUGUAAAAAGAAUCGCAAGGUCUUCAAAUUCCCCAACUUCUGCCAGGGACAGGACCCCGAUACCGCAUGGUACACUAAAAUGGAGCCUUGUUUGACCCCACUUCCUGAAGUGUCUGACAUAAAAGAAACAGCUGGUGGGAAGCUGCCCAAUUGGCCAGAGAGGCUGACUUCUGUUCCACCAAGAAUAAGCAGCGGGAGUUUAAAACAAAUCACAGCACAAAACUUCACUGAAAACACAGAGUUAUGGAGAAAGAGAGUAGCACAUUACAAGGCUUUGGACAACCAGCUUGCUGAGCCAGGGAGGUACCGUAAUUUGCUCGACAUGAACUCGUUCUUGGGUGGCUUUGCAGCUGCCCUUGUCGACUACCCUCUGUGGGUUAUGAAUGCCGUCCCCGUCGAAGCUGACUUUAACACCCUUGGAGUCAUCUAUGAACGGGGACUCAUUGGAACAUACCAAAAUUGGUGCGAGGCGAUGUCAACUUAUCCUCGGACGUACGACUUCAUUCAUGGCGACUCCAUCUUCAGUCUGUACAAGGAUAGAUGUGAUAUGGAGGACAUUCUGCUGGAAAUGGACAGGAUUCUUCGGCCACAGGGCAGUGUGAUCCUCAGAGACGAUGUGGAUGUGCUGGUGGAGGUCAAGAACAUUGCAGAGGCUAUGCAAUGGGAUUGCAGAAUUGCAGACCAUGAGAAAGGACCCCAUCAGAGAGAGAAGAUAUUAGUGGCAACCAAGCAGUAUUGGACUUCACCUGCACCUGAAGAAGAAAAUCAACAAGAAAAGCAGACAUCUUCUAAGAGCUAGCAGAGUCUCAAUGUUUCAAUUCAUAGUUCUGUUCCUUUUUCAUUCUUUUGUCCCUUUCCUAAUCUUUGGGGUUAAUAACUCUGAUUACAAAUUCAUUUUUUUGUUUCACUACCCAUUUUUUGUGAAGGGACUUUCCGAGGUUGGAUCAUAUUACCUGAUAUAGCUGAUGAUUAAAUGUCAAUGAAAUUGUCGGAGUCGACAAAUUAUUCUAAA